GGGUUAAGUGGACCGUGAGUCCAAUGGCAAGCACGGGUUAAAUGCAAAUGCGUAUAUGCAAAAAUCAAAAAUCGGGAAAAAUAUUCUAUUAAACGCAUUGCGGUUUCGGGCUUAAUUGCAACCCGCUGGCUGGCCAUGAAUUAUCCUGCGGAAAUGUCCUGCCGCUGGGAGCACGCCCUCCGCUGGCGUUUGUUUGUACUCCCGAAUUGCCAACGCAUUAAUCGCACUUGACUGAUCAGGCGAGUCCGCGUGGCAUGCAACCGUGUAGUCCAGCGGGAGAAGUCGCAAUGAUGCCGCCGUCGAAGAGUCCCGUGAUGGAGAGUGCCGCCUCCGACCAGAAUCAGCAGCAGGAGGAGCAGAGCGCUAAGAGGGCGUGUCCCUUGAAGUUUUCCAUAGCCAAGAUCAUGGAACCGGAUCACAGGCAAAGCCAAGUUACUCAGCCUAUUCCAAUCCAGUUUCCCACCAACAACGAAGAAGAAGAGGAUGAGGAUCCAGAAAUCGAUGCCGAUUCGGAGCGAUCCUGCAGCCCCAUCGAGGUGAUCAGCUUGGAUCAUUCGCCCACGACGGCGGUGAACUAUGAUUCCGCUUUCAAGAAGUAUGUGCCGGGUCCCUGUUCGGGCGCCACUGCAUCGGUGGUGAACUCACCUUCGAGCUCGGCUGCUGUGCAGCAGUUUGUGAGCUCCCGCCACCAGGAGCUGCUCUCCCAGUACCCCCUGCUCUACUACGCCCCCAAUCAGCUGAUGUGCGCCGCAGCUGCCGCUCAAUAUGCCGCAUUGACCGCCCAACAACAGUCGCUGGCCAGUGCUGCCCACCUGAGCAGCUUCACCGCCUCCCUGAAUGCCAGUUUGCAUCAUUCACAGUCGCUGCGCAGAAAUCUAGGUCAUCCUUUGGCUGCGGCAGCUGCUGUGGCCGCGGUGGCCCAAUCCCAAGCGGUUCCCAAUCUCCAACAGAGUUUAGAAAAAUCACCAGUGGCACAGAGGUCGAUGGCUCAGACGGCGGGAUUGCAGGCGAAUCUUAAGAGGAAGCGAUCGCCGCAGGAUCAGGGAUCCGGCGAGGUGACUCCCCCACCCGCUUCAACUGCCACUUCUAGUGCCGGAGGACCACGAUCUCGUUCAGCUUCACCCCAAGGAUCCAUCGAGGACAGCAGUCCGGGAUCGGCGAAUGGCGGCGGCAAACCGAAGACCUUCUCCUGCCUGGAAUGCGGCAAGGUGUUCAAUGCCCACUACAACCUCACCCGCCACAUGCCCGUUCACACGGGAGCCCGGCCAUUUGUGUGCAAGGUGUGCGGCAAGGGAUUCCGGCAGGCCUCCACUCUCUGCCGGCACAAGAUCAUCCACACGUCGGAGAAGCCGCACAAGUGCCAGACCUGCGGCAAGGCCUUCAAUCGCUCCUCCACCCUCAACACCCAUUCGCGCAUCCAUGCGGGUUAUAAGCCCUUCGUUUGCGAGUACUGCGGCAAGGGCUUCCACCAGAAGGGCAACUACAAGAACCACAAGUUGACGCACAGCGGGGAGAAGGCCUACAAGUGCAGCAUCUGCAACAAGGCCUUCCAUCAGGUGUACAACCUCACCUUCCACAUGCACACGCACAACGAUAAGAAGCCCUAUACUUGCCGCGUUUGCGCCAAGGGAUUCUGCAGGAACUUUGAUCUCAAGAAGCAUAUGCGUAAGCUGCACGAGAUCGGUGGAGAUCUGGACGAUCUGGAUAUGCCAUCGACUUAUGACAGGAGGAGGGAGUAUACGCGCAGGGAGCCUCUGUCCGCGAGUUACGGACAAGCAUCCGGACAACUUACCCCGGACUCGAGUUCUGGAAGUAUGUCGCCGCCCAUAAAUGUGACUACCCCUCCACUUUCCAGCGGGGAGACCAGCAAUCCAGCCUGGCCGAGAUCCUCGGGAUCUCAGUAUCCCCCCGCCGGUUUCCACCAUCAACUGGGAGGAGUGGCGCCACCACAUGAUUAUCCCAGUGGCUCCGCCUUCCUGCAACUUCAGCCGCAGGGGCAGCAACAUCAUCAUCAUCAGCAGCAGCAACAGCAGCAGCAGAGACUCUCGGAGACCUUCAUAGCCAAGGUGUUUUGACAGCGAUACUAUGCGGAUAGCCUGAACAGCUCCACGGGGUCGACGACUUCGGCGACCAGUUCUACGGUGACCACCACCACGACGACCAUAUCAUCCAUGGCCAGUUCAAGGAGCGAUCUACUGAUCGACUGACUGCAGUUUGUGGCAGCGGCAGCCGCUGCUAGCAGCUCGAAUUCCGGGCAGGAACCCGGCGAGUCCCCAUCCCCGGAACUCGGAUGCACGGCUCUGGGCAGUGCAGUCCGGGCACUGAAUGGACUCUUCUAAGGACUCACCCACCACUCUAUCCAGAUAUCCACCCCCCGAAGAAGAACCUCAACAGCCACCAAAUGGUUUCAACUUGUGCAAUACCCCACUCAGAAUAUAAACACGAUGACCCAACCGCUCAAGACAUUUCUCCUCCAACCAGCGUUUUGUAUAUAGUAUAUCCCUAAGAAGUCCCAUAUUGAAACACUCUAUUUAAGCAGCUCUCUCGAUGUAUAGAUGUAGUUAAAGGAUUUACCUAGUUAGUCACGAAUGUGUAGGGCUCUGAGUUCUGUGUAGAUAGGCUACACGGAUCCUCGAGAGCAAAGUUUCGAUAUGUGUUAGAGCUUUUUUGGGGUCUGUCAACCGAAAUACAUUAACGAAAGUGUAUCUUAGAGUUGUACUAGAUAUCUGUACUGUACGUAUAUCCCUAAGUGUCUGUGUAAUCCAACGCAAAAGUAAAGAAAUUGAGAAAC